CAGGUCGAUGUCGGUCGACGAUCAAGACUGUCCCAAACUUCUCUUUCCUUUCUGCUCGUUUCCUUCGACAUAGAAGACGCAGGUCAACCUUGUCAGCAGUUCCGCGAAAGCCCACCACCCUCUUUCAUGUAUUAGAACUCCGCGACCGCCCACCCUUCUUCUCUCUCCGCCCAUCUUUUCUUUCCUCCGCCCUUCGCAUCUCCUACUCUUAGCCCCUCAACUCGCUCACCUGUACCGCCGCGCAGCGCCACUCCGACACCAACGGUAGUACAGGAGUGCAGCAGCAGCGAGCGUUAGAUUGUCACUCUUCUCCCACGUCCCUCUCUUCGAGCCUGGUGCUUGAAGUAAAGACAGAGAUCGGGCAUCAGCAAUACCAUACAACAAUACAGAUCUAAAGCGAUAGAAUGGCAGCAGCAGCAGCAACAGCAGUGAUGGCCGACGUGGCAAGGCCGCGACAAAUAUUGCACGAAGAACAGCUCGACGAAGAGACAUACGGCCCGGCAGGAACGGGGCCAAAGGUGGUCCGACGAGGUGGACACAUCAUUCCAAUGAUCCGUCUGACGCCGCCUGACAGCCGGCCAAGCCCGUCGGUCGCCGUGCCCGAGCAAGAGCUGGGUAAAAACUCCCUUUACGUUCCCCUGCGGACCGAGGAGGUCGGCUGGGAGGAGGGCGGGCUCAUCUGGGCCCCAAAGAGGUACUGGUAUCCCACCGUGAGCCUGUAUGGUGGUGCCGACGACCACGUCAUCGGCACCUACCGAGGCGGACCAAAGGGAUACAGCUUUGUCAACAUCACCGACUCGGCCUUCCGUCUCGCGAAUGGUGACGGCGAGAGCGGCGCGAGUAACAGCAAUACAGGGAGUGGACAGAGCCGCAAGGAUCGGUCCAGGAGCCAGCUACCAAAAGCGCACGUUGCCACGAUGGCCAACAAGGCAGUGGAGGAAGAGCCAGCAGCUGCAGAAGCAAAGACAGUGGCACAGGCGCUCGAGGAGCAGGUCGAGGAGGCGGCAGCAGCAGCAGCCGAGGAAAACCGAGCUCAGGCUCAGGAAGAGGACGAGAAGGAACGCGAGCGUUCACGGCGAAUGAUCUCUCUUCCACGCCGAUCGUCAUCAGUCUCCUCAUCUGCGUCUUCGUCUGCCUCGACAUCACGCCGGGGAAGCUCUUCGACGACGUUCGACGACGACGAGGCCGGUUCUGGCGCCGACACAGGCAUGACAACACCCGCCGAGUGCGAGUCGCCGAUGGACGUGGAUACCAAGAUGGCUGACCGUCUCGAGGCGGCCCUGCACGCCAUUAAGGAGGAGGAAGUGCAGAUUGAGCCUGCAGCGAACAAGGCUAAGCUGGCCAGCCGUGUUGGCAAGGACGUCGAGAUGGAGGUUCCAGAGGAGCCCAUCGAUGCCGCCCGACUUGGUGGUCCAUUCCAAGCAUCGCUGCUCCAGAAGUCGUCUUCGAUCGGCCUUCACCGCAGCCUGGUCCUGUCGCCUUCUGUGCCCAGCCAGCACCUCCAAGCGCCAAGAGGCCGAUCCACUUCGCGACCUAGUCCGCCCUCGUACGUGACGCAGGACCGAUACAACGGUGGCUGGGCAUUCGAACAGAAUACGAUGCGCCAAUGGCUCUGAAAAAUUUAUCUCAUCAAGAUGCUCGCUUUGAAGCUUGCAUCUUCUUUACCAAUCGUCAUGGGUCUUUGUGCUUCAUAUCUCCUCUCUCCCACUCCAGAUGCUACUCUCCUUUUCACAUCAAUCUUUAUGUAUUUAUAAGACCGGCUUCUCAGCAUCAAGAAUAGCCACCGUCUCCAAUUCCCAUCAUUGCCUCUUG